AUGAGCGAUACUGAGCGUAGCUUGUCAGCAGACAAGAAAUCAGAUACUGAACUUGAAACGCCAGCUUUGAGCAAUGUGGAUCCUCAAGAAAGGACGAGAAAGCACAUUGAAGCGACUGCUGAAUCUGAUUCCGAUGCAGAUUUAGACCCGGCUCUUGGAAACGGAUUACCUGCUCAUGAUGAUGAUGAAGAGACAGGAUCUCGUCCCGUGUUGGAUGAAGCAACCAGGAAGCGUCAGGAUUUGGAAGCCAGGAUGGAUCAGAUUUUACACAAGCCAAAGAAAAAGCGUACCAGAAGAGAUGAAGAUGAUUUGGAACAAAUGCAAGACGAACGUAUUUUAAGGUUAAAGGAUGAAAUGAAUAUUGCGGCUCAAAAGGAUAUAGAUACACUGAAUGAAAGAUUGGAAACGGGUGAUACGAAACUAGUGGCCAUGGAGAAAGUGAAACUGCUACCUAAAGUAGUGAAAGUUUUAUCAAAAGUGAAUCUAGCGGAUACAAUUUUGGAUAAUAAUCUCUUGCAGAGUGUAAGGAUCUGGCUUGAACCCUUACCAGAUGGAUCAUUGCCUGCAUUUGAGAUUCAAAAAUCGUUAUUCGCGGCCUUGGAUAACUUACCUAUUAAAACAGAGCAUUUGAAGGAAAGUGGUCUAGGCAGAGUUGUCAUAUUUUAUAGCAAGUCUAAGAGGGUCGAACAAAAGCUAGCUCGUUUGGCUGAUAAAUUGGUCGCUGAAUGGACAAGACCUAUCAUCGGUGCAUCAGAUAACUAUAGGGAUAAGAGAGUUCUGAAACUAGAGUUUGAUGUAGAAAAGCAUAGGAAGAAGACUAUCCUUGAUACUGCCAAAUCGAAGAAGAAGAGAAGUAAGAGAAUGGAAGUCGAUGAAGAGAAGUAUAAAUCAUCUUAUGAACAAGCUGCUGCUAGAAGAAAUAGAGCUGCUGCGCCCGCACAAACUACCACCGACUACAAGUAUGCUCCAAUCAGUAAUAUUGAUGCUGUGAAUAGAAAUGCUGGAGUGGGUACUUCCGUUGAUAGUAGUGAACUAUACAAAAGGCUAAAUUCUAAACUAAGCGGAAACAAGCACAAGAGAUCCAAAUAA